AUGAGAUACGUCCGCUUCCUAAAGGUCCCCAAGACCGACGGCAAAACCCUCAAUGCCCUGAUCACCAUCACUUCGGACCUCGGGGAAGACUUUUUGGCUGAGAAUGUUACUCUUGCCGCCACGAUUCGCUCAGCAGACGACCAUGGAGACAUCUACCUCCGCAAGCGCCUCGAAUGGACGGCAGGCAUGCGCUCCCUCCCCGUGUCCUUUGACCUGCGGCAUUGCGACCUAGAUUGGCCUAUUCGGGUCCAGGUAGGCGCCAGGGGAACUGCGCAGACGGACCUUUUUGGAGAGCACGAGGACGAUCAUGUGCCCUCUCUGAUCUCAGCAUGGAGCGCCUCUCUGGACGUGCCGCGGGGCAUCAAAGAGGCAGAGAAGAAGGUGGAGCGGCGCUUUACUCCGCUGAGCAGACGCACGCUUAGCAUAUGGGAAGAGACGGGGGAGAGCAUCGCGCGUCACGUUUGGGACGCCGGCGUUGGCCUUGCAGCCUUCUUCGACAAGACGAUCGCCCUUCAAUACGACAUUAUGCCACUUCUCGACACAACGCUCAGCUCAGCGACAUACAAGAAGCUAAACGUCAUCGAACUGGGGGCCGGUUGCGGCAUUGUGGGAAUUAGUCUGGCGCAGCUCAUUCCCGACUGCCGUGUCACGUUGACCGACUUGCCCGAAGCUCAAGAGAUUGCCGAAAGAAACAUCAAGGGCAUGAAUCCUGCCAUGUCCUCGCAGGUUAAGUUCGAGCCAUUGGACUGGGAGGAGGAGCUGCCAGAGAACAUUGCUCAGCGACCGUACGAUCUGAUCAUUGUCUCGGACUGCACAUACAAUCCGGACAGCAGCCCGGCGCUCGUCAAGACGCUGCAUGCAUUGACGAAACGCUGCCCAAAGGCCAUUGUGGUGCUGGCGAUGAAAGUGCGGCACUCGAGCGAGGCCGUCUUCUUCGACCUGCUGCAACAGGCAGACAUUAUGACGGCAGCGAGCACGUGGAUGGCAAUUCCAACUGACCCCGGCGACUACGAGUCGGCCAAAAAGAUCGAUAUUUACAUCUUCCACUCCAAGGCACGGCCCAAAUCGGCCGAGACGCCUUCCAUGAUACCCGAUCCUUCGAUUGUGGCUUUUUGGCAGCAGUGA